AGGAGGAGGAGCGCGGGCAGAGGCCGCCGCGGGGCCCGGAGGAAGAGGAGGGGGAGGAGGAGGAGGAGCUGAAGCGCCGAGAGCUGUAGGCAGCAGCUCGGCCGGAGUUGCAGCAGCGGCGGCGGCGGCGGCGGCGCUCACACCGCAGCCUCCCCAAGCCCCGAGUCCCGGCGGGGGCAGCAGCAGCGAGCGCCCGCCCGCCCAGUCACUGCACCUCGGCCCCGCCAAGCCGCUGUCGCCGCGCCCGGGCAACUGCCAGCCAUGGCCGCGCCGCCGGAUCCCCGAGACGAGCUGCUGCCGCUGGCCGGCCCCGGGUCCCAGUGGUUCGGGGACCGGGGGGAGGGGGAGGACGAAGCGGUGACGCCGAAAGGAGCCAAGCCCGAGACGCUGGCGGGGGAGCCCGGACCGGGGUUGGGCGCCGAGGUCGCCGAAGCUGCGCCGCGGGAACUGGGCUCGGGCCCCGCCCGGCCGCCGCCCGUUGCCAUGGAAACUGCAUCCACAGGUGCAUCAGAUGUCUCCAGGGCCACAGAUCAUACCUUUUCAACAGUGGCAAAGGAUGGGGAAGGAGUGUGUUAUACAUCUCUGAUUUCUGACAUCUAUUACCCACCUCGGGAGGAUGCUACAUAUUUCACUGGAAUUCUUCAGAAAGAAAACGGCCACAUCACUGCUUCAGAGAGCCCUGAGGAGUUGCGUUCCCCCGGAUCCUCCUUACCAGAUGUGCCUGGGACAGAGCCUCGUGGCUUAUUUAGUUCUGAUUCUGGAAUAGAAAUGACUCCAGCAGAGUCCGCUGAAGUGAACAAGAUCUUAGCAGACCCCCUGGACCAGAUGAAAGCAGAAGCCUAUAAAUACAUUGACAUAACUAGGCCAGAGGAGGUGAAAUAUCAGGAGCAAUGUCACCCCAAGUUGGAAGAGAAAGACUUGGACUUUAAGAAUAAGGACACUGAAAUCUCAGUAAGGCCUGAAGAGACCCGUGAGGCUGAGAAACCAGUUCCUGUGGAGGGGAAAAUCCUCAAGGACCAUUUAUUUGAAGAAUCAACAUUUGCGCCAUAUGUAGAUGAUAUCUCUGAAGAACAGCGCAGUGCCCCUCUGAUUGCCGCCCCUGUCAAGAUCACGCUGACUGAAAUCGAGCCUUCUAUUGAAACCGCUACCCCAGAGAAGACCCCUGAGAAGCAAGAUAUCUGCCUGAAACCGAGUCCUGACACAGUCCCCACGGUCACCGUCUCAGAGCCUGAAGACGACAGCCCAGGAUCUGUCACUCCUCCGUCUUCUGGAACAGAACCGUCUGCCGCAGAAUCCCAGGGGAAAUGCGGCAUCUCCGAGGAUGAGCUGAUCACUGCCAUUAAGGAAGCAAAGGGGUUAUCCUACGAGACAACGGAGAGCCCACGGCCAGCGGGCCAGGGGGUCGACAGGCCCGAGGCCAAGGCCAGGUCUGGGCUGCCCACCAUCCCCAGCCCCCUGGACCACGAGGCCAGCAGCGCGGAGUCGGGGGACUCGGAGAUCGAGCUGGUGUCCGAGGACCCGCUGGCCGCUGAGGACACGCUGCCCUCGGGUUACGUGACCUUUGGCCACGUGGGCGGCCCGCCGCCGUCGCCGGCCUCGCCGUCGAUCCAGUACAGCCUCCUGAGGGAGGAGCGUGAGGCCGAGCUGGACAGCGAGCUCAUCAUUGAGUCGUGCGACGCCUCCUCCGCCUCAGAGGAGAGCCCCAAACGGGAGCAGGACUCACCGCCGAUGAAGCCGGGUGCCCUGGACGCCAUCCGGGAGGAGCCGGGCGCCCGGGCCGAGGAGCGCACCCCCAGCCAGCGGGGCCUGGCAGAGCAGGAGCCCUUCCGCAGUUUCCCCUCGGCUGCCCCGCGAGCCGGCCCGGAGCUGCUGUCCGGAGACCCAGCCUCCACCCCCGAGGGGCCCACCGCGCCACGAGCACCCGUAGAAGCAGCGAGUUCCGACCAAAGCUCCCAGGCCACAAAGGCCCCCGGGCUUCGGGGUCCUGGCAUCAUGCCCCCUCUGCUGUUUCUCAAUAAGCAAAAAGCUAUUGACCUGCUGUACUGGAGGGACAUCAAGCAGACGGGGAUAGUGUUUGGGAGCUGCCUGUUGCUGCUCUUCUCCCUGACCCAGUUCAGCGUUGUGAGCGUCGUGGCCUACCUGGCCCUCGCCGCGCUCUCAGCCACCAUCAGCUUCCGCAUCUACAAGUCGGUUUUACAAGCUGUGCAGAAGACCGACGAGGGUCACCCUUUCAAGGCCUACUUGGAGCUCGAGAUCACCCUGUCUCAGGAGCAGAUUCAGAAGUACACGGACUGCCUGCAAUUCUACGUGAACAACACGCUCAAAGAACUGAGGAGGCUCUUCCUUGUCCAGGACCUGGUGGAUUCCUUAAAAUUUGCAGUCCUGAUGUGGCUCCUGACUUACGUUGGCGCUCUCUUCAAUGGCCUGACCCUGCUGCUCAUGGCUGUGGUUUCAAUGUUUACUCUACCUGUAGUGUAUGUUAAGCACCAGGCACAGAUUGACCAAUAUCUGGGACUUGUGAGGACUCACAUAAAUGCUGUUGUGGCAAAGAUUCAGGCUAAAAUCCCAGGCGCCAAAAGGCACGCUGAGUAAGCGGAUACCCCACCGGGGACUGAACACCAAGAGGAAUGUCUGAAGUGGUAACGGCUCUGUCUUACAUGUUACUGCAAAUCGAUUGUUUCUCCCCCCCAGUACCAUAAUCUUAGAGACAAACUUUAAAACAGCUGUUUUUAGGCUGUUUCUGUACCCUUAGGAUAUUUGAGUCACUUGUGUCAAGCACUAAAGUAUAGCGAAAAGUGUAUUAGAUGUGGUUUUUAAUUUUGUGUUGCUAAAAAAAAGUGCAUGAUGGUGAGAACCCAAGUUAUCUUUCCUUCGUCGGUGUUCUUCUCUCUGCAAUGCUUCUGUAGCUUCUCAUGUUCCCUGUGGCUAGGCCUUUCCUGCCCAGUGCACUGAUGCAAUAGUGGAAAUCGCUUCUAUGUCCUUGGGUUGUUGGUUGGAUUAAUCUUUAAUAACAAUAUAUAGACUUGUAGACCGAUGUUUAAGUGUUUUUCCAACACACACAACAUAAAAAUAAAAACAAGUCGACCGUACUUAGGGUAAUCAGUUUUGUAUAACUUAAAAUAAUUAAAUAAAUGAAUAAACCCAAAAACAAACAUGCAGUACUUUUGUUGUGUGAGACUGAUGGGCUGAUUUACAUGUAUGGUAACUAAAAAGUACCAGCAUGUUAACUUUAUUACAAUUUGUAUUACUUUCUCUGUAGUUCCUAAUGGACUUAAUUAUGGAUUCUGGAUAUUUGCACUUAUGUACUUGAUACUGAAUGCAUAAAUAAAUGUUACUAAGUGUA